CUGAACAUGGAUGCCAAUAUUGUUGUAAUGGGGACAGAAAGCGUGGGGAAAUCAGCCAUUACUGUGCGUCUCUUAACCCGGAGAUUCAUCGGAGAGUAUGGUGAUAUUGAAUCCAUCUACAGUCACAGCUUUGGGAGGGAAAUCACUCUCAAUAUUUGGGAUUCGCCUUAUUCUGAGGAUUUGACUAUGGAGACGUCACUCUUUGAGAAGAAGGUCCAGUGGGCAGACGGCUACGUUCUUGUCUACAGCAUCUGUGACAGGGCCAGUUUCAACUCCGUCAGCAGGCUCAUUCAGGCCAUCAAGUCCACUAAAGACUACCUGAGCGCAGAUAAAGUGCCCAUAGUGCUUGUGGGUAACAAGAGGGACCUGCACCACAGGCGGACAGUGCUGAGCGAGGAGGGCCGGCUGCUGGCUCUCAACACGGAUUGCCACUUCUACGAGGUGUCGGCGGCCGAGAACUACCACAGCGUGCUUAUGCUGUUUCACGGACUGGUGGACAGGAUGAAGGACGCCAAGCUGACCUCAAAGAGGCCUCUGGGGUUCAGGGGCAUAGUGAAAACCAUGUCUGCAGUGUUUGCCAGGAGACGGACAGACUCCUUUUAAUGAGACCAUAACAGAAGAGGAAGGAAUUUAUAUAAGUCUGCUUAAGAGAGGUUACACUUUGUGUGUUUUUGACUGGAUGGAUUACAGUCUAUUAGUGAGAAAUUACCAUGUUUCUGUGCCAAGGGUAACAAUGAAGUAGCCUGAGGCAGAGAUGGAAGCUGCUUUUCAUUCAAAAGUGUGGAAAGACUCCAGGGAAGGAAAGCGCCUCGGAGAGUAUGAAGACAAAACAAUGUUACAGUCACUUUUUGGGUGACCGGUAUUGAGGUUAACUGCACUUCAAGCUACAGGAGACUGAUGCAAUUACAGACUUAUUCAUUGUACAGAUAGCUGACAUGUAAUUUUCUAUUGUGUGCAAUGAGGUAUGCAAUAUGUUUAAGAUGUGGCUUCAGAUUGGAAGAACCUCUAUGCGUGAAAUGUGCCUUUUAUUCACAAGUGAAACUUUUGUACCACUAGAAAAAGUGACUGAAAGAUGUCCCGCUCAAUCAUGUAAUUAAUUCUUGAAGUAAAACAUUCAUAUUUGUAUUUAUUCACAUAUAAACACUGUAAAGCAAAAGACCAAA